GGAGCUGCCCUGACUCUUCCCCGAGAGACCCCAGUGGGGACGGUGGCUUGUGACGGAAGUUUCCCGUUUAGCUCGGCCGUGCUUCCUUGAGGGCGGCUGGGAGCAGAGCCCCGGCAUGCUGCCCUCCUCCCUUGCGCGGGCCUGGCAGCGCGGCGAGUGGGUGCGAACCGCUCUGGGGAGGCGGCUGCUCGCUCCCCAUGGCUGGGCCCUGCUGCAGACGGAGCCCGGGCAGUGCCCCCGCCUGUGCCUGAGGUGGCGGCACCAUAUCCACUGCAGGGAGCCCACCCUGCUGCUCCGGGCCGCCCGGAGGAGUAUCGGAAUACAAGCCUGGGGGCUGAGAGCUGAGAAACCUAGCGAUAAUAACAAACACGUGGCCGUGCAAAGGGCUGAGAAAGGAGAAACUUUGCUAUCGGCUGCUCAGAGAGUGAAAGAUGCUGGAAGAGACUUUACCUAUUUUAUUGUGGUGCUUGUUGGAAUUGGUGUUACAGGUGGUUUGUUUUAUGUGAUUUUUAAAGAACUAUUCUCUUCUUCUAGUCCAAGUAAGAUCUAUGGAGAUGCCUUGGAGAAAUGCAGAUCUCACCCUGAGAUAAUCGGUGUUUUUGGUGAAUCCAUUAAAGGUUAUGGGGAGGCAACAAGAAGAGGAAGACGACAGCUUGUCAGUCACAUUGAAUACAUAAAGGAUGGACUGAAACAUAUGCGUUUGAAGUUCUAUAUCGAGGGCUCUGAAUCGGGAAAGCAGGGAACAGUCCAUGUGGAAGUCAAAGAGAAUCCUGAGAGAGGAAGACUUGAGGUCCGCUACAUAUUUGUGGACGUUGACACCUAUCCUAGAAGAACCAUUAUCAUAGAAGACAACAGAUAGCCAAUGAUCAAAGUUACUGUCUCACCUGAUAGAGUACUGGAUGAUACUGGUGUCGCCAGACUGCUUGAGUUGUUUGGUAUUCUCGGUUGUUAUCUCGCAGCUUUGGGGUUCUGUUACAAGGAAGCAGACUCUCAGGGCCUCCAUUGAGGUCUUUCAUAAUAAAAGGUAUGGGAUUUGAAGUGAAGCCAAUGAAAUAAUAGUAGAGCCAUCACUUAUGGCAAUUACUUUUGACAUAGGAAAAUACUGGUUCGUAAUAAACAGUUUAAUGCUGGAUAAUACUUCUGCACACCCAAAAACUGAGUAUACCAAGAUGUUAGAUUUAGAUGGAUUAUUUUUUUUUUCCUUGCUUGCAUUUUCCAAUAGUACUGC